UCUAGAAUUCGUUAAAGUCUUUUAAGUUUAUUUUAUAGAGUAAGAUGAAGAAAUGUAUGUAAAAUCAAGAGAUAAGUAUAUAUACCAAAGUCGAAACUACUUACUAUUAAUGAAGAACUUGCAUAAAUAGAAUACAUCAUUUCUGAUAAAACUGGUACUCUUAUUAGUAAUUAAAUGGAAUUUGUAUUAUAGGGAAACACACUUUAUGGAUAAAAACAAUAAUAAACAAAUAUUCCAAUAUAAAAUCUGGAUUCAAAAAGAGAGUAAAAUGCUAAAGUACAUCCUGUAAGUGAGGUCUUCUAACAUUCUGUUUUCAAUUUUCAAGAUCUUGAAUUAAGUGCCAUUCUUAAAGGAGAAGGGUCUUCAGGAGAUCAACUAGCCAUUUUGAUUAUUUAAUCAUUAGAUGGUAAAUAAUAAAUCAAAAUUCCAAGUUAAAGAAAAUUACUUGAAGAAUACUUCUUUUUAUUAUCCUCUACUCAUGAAUGCAUCAUUUAAUAUGACAAAAAUUUAAAUUCUAGUUAUUAAGGCCGAUCUUCAGAUGAAAUCACAUUAGUUGAUGCAGCAGCAAGAAUGGGUUUUUAAUUUACUGGAGCAUCUGCAAGUGAACAAAAUUUUUAAAUUUUGGGAAAGGAUAAAAAAGUUAAAUUAUUAAAAUCUUUAGAAUUUGAUUCAACACAUCAAAGAAUGAGUGUUAUCAUUGAUGAUAAUGGUGUCAUCAAAUUAUUUAUCAAAGGAGCCGAUACAUUCAUUUAUUUAAAUUAUCUUUUAUAAAAAUAAGAUAUUUAUAUAAUUCUAUUUUAUAACAAAUAUUUAAGAGCAAAUAUAAAAGUCUGGAUGCUGACUGGAGAUAAAUUAGAGACUGCAGAAAACAUUGAAAGUUGUCGUUUAAUUUAAGGUGAUUUCACAGUAAUGAGAUUAUCAGAAGCAUCAGUUGAGGAAUUUCAAACGAAGAUUGGAGAUUUUUAAGAAAAACAUAUGAUCAUUAUAUAAAAGAAAAAAGAAAGAAUGUAUUUAAUAAAAUGUAAAAUUUAGUCAUUUGUGGUAGAAGGAUAAUCCCUACAAUUUAUAAUAUGAUAAUGAAGAUUUAGCUUAAGCAUUUAGUAUGGCAAAAGAUUGUGAAAGUGUAGUUUGUUGUAGAGUUACUCCAAAACAAAAAGCUGAUGUUGUAAGACUAAUUAAAGAUCGUUUAAAUAAAAUAAUAUUGCAAAAGGAGACGGUGCAAACGAUGUUAAUAUGAUUUAAGCAGCUCAUAUAGGAGUUGGAUUAUAUGGAGAUGAAGGAAUGAGAGCAGUUUAAAGUAGUGAUUUUGCUUGAGGGGAAUUCAGAUGUUUAUGGAGACUGUUAUAAGUUUAUGGACAUUGGAAUUAUA